CUGUGGACAUGGCUGGAGGAGCUACAGAAGGAGCUGCUGGAUGACGUGUAUGCCGAGUCGGUGGAGGCCGUGCAAGACCUCAUCAAGCGCUUUGGCCAGCAGCAGCAGACGACCCUGCAAGUGACCGUCAACGUGAUCAAGGAAGGCGAGGACCUCAUCCAGCAACUGAGGGACUCGGCCAUCUCCAGCAAUAAGACCCCCCACAACAGCUCCAUCAGCCACAUCGAGACGGUGCUGCAGCAGCUGGACGAGGCCCAGGCCCAGAUGGAGGAGCUCUUCCAGGAGCGUAAGAUCAAGCUGGAGCUCUUCCUGCAGCUGCGCAUAUUCGAGCGGGACGCCAUCGAUGUGAGUGUCCUCCGCCUCCUGCCAUUCCCGCAUCUUCUCACUCUGGCUGCCUUAACAGGAGGACAGGGAGAGGGAGGAGUGCGCCUUGCCCUGGGAGCUGCAGGGCUUGUGCUGGAGGCCACACCACACAGCAGGGUAGAGCACAGCCCGUGCGCGGAGCUGAAGUCCAGCCGCCUCGAACAAGUGGGCUUGUUUCAGCCCGCACUGGGUCCCACGACGCACACCCUUGUCUAUGCAGCAGAGGCUCACACCUGCGACCGUGAUCCUCCCCUUUCCCUUCUACGGUGA